UAAACCGCGAUAUUUAGACAUUAAAACGGUGUGCUCUGGUCUCUGUUUAGGGUUUUAAAUUAGGUUGCGCUCAGAAGUCAGAACGAUUCCUAGAAGAACAGUUUCGUCUCUUUCUCCUUUUUCCUGUACGAACUCGCAAGGUUUCUUUGUCCUCACUCAAGGGUUAGGGAUGCGGCGGAACAGUCCAGGAUAUUACAGUCCUCCGCGGCGAGGAUACGGUGGCCGAGGAGGAGGCUCCAGUAGGAGGGGAUACGGUGGAGGCAGGCGCAGGGAUAACAACAAUGGAAGCCUCUUGGUUCGGAACAUUCCUCUCGAUUGCAGACCCGAGGAGCUUCGUGUCCCUUUCGAGCGAUUUGGGCCUGUUCGCGAUGUUUACAUUCCCAAGGAUUAUUACACGGGAGAACCUCGAGGCUUUGCAUUUGUGCAGUUUGUGGAUCCGUAUGAUGCCUCGGAGGCACAGUACCAUAUGAACAGACAGAUUUUUGCUGGAAGAGAAAUAACUGUUGUUGUGGCUGAAGAGACGAGAAAAAGACCCGAGGAGAUGCGCCACAGGACUAGUAGAUUCAGAGGACCAGGGGGCUAUGGGGGGCAAAGGUCUUCCCGUUACGGGCGUUCCCGAUCUCGCUCAAAUACCAGAUCGCGCUCACCACCUUAUCACUCUGGUUCUAGAAGUCGAUAUCGCUCAAGGUCCUAUUCUCCCGCUCCAAGACGGCAAAGUGAUUACUCUGUUUCCCCUAGGAGGCACGCAGAGCAUCCUAGAUCACCAAGAGGUCCUCCUGUGGAGCGAGAUGGUGAUCAAAAGCGUAGGUCCUAUUCUCCUGCUUAUGGCAAUGGUAUUGAACAGAAUCAAAGCAAUGGAUAUGCUGAGAAAUCUAUGUACAAGUCUGAAGCUGAUCGUGAUCGAGGCCAGUGGAAGUCUUCAAGAUCACCCCUUGGAUCUAGAUCUAGAUCAAGAUCUGCUGAUUUGUCACCUAGGCGUGGAAGAUGAGGUUGCAGGUCGCUGGCAAUGUGCUGCUGGGCUUCUGUAUAUCUGCAAUUUAUCACGACAUUUUUAAAAAAACCUGUAUUUUGCGGACAUGAUGGAUGAAUGUAUAAUAAUUGUCUUGAUGUGCGUGUUCUUUCUGGGACAAGUUGAACUUGUUAGAACAUGGUCUACAACCUUGAAUGAUGAAUUACCUUGAGUUUGUUUUAUGACCCCAUGAUUCAAUAUUUAACUGCUGCGGUUGUAUGAGCC